AUGCCGGACGGCUACGCCGAGCCCGACUUCCGAAUUUCCGGGGAGAUAUGCAAAGGCGACAAUGGAAGGUUUCAGUGGGACUAUGGAUACAAAUGCUGGUAUACGCGGACAAUCCAGGGUCUCAUUAACUCUCAUAGUCCCAUGCAAGUCUCCGGUUCCACAGUUAACGGUGCCGGAUGUAAGAAGCUUGGGUGCCAUGAAGGUGCACAAGUCUGGAUUUGCAAUGAUCUUACCAUCUUCAAGAACACCCGUGACAUUUUAGUCAACUCCCUCGACGUUGGCUGGGUAGUCGAUGAAAUGAUGAGUACCCCAGGGCCGCAAGGCUCUGGCAGUGUUGGUAGCCUUAGAUGA